AAAGAUGUUGACCUCCCUACGGCUUCUGGGGAACAUGAACCUCUACCAAGUUGCAUGGUUACGUCGAGUGCAGAUCCACUUGGUCCUCCGGCUCCUCUAGGAGCAGUGAAUAAAAAGGACACCGAGCCAAAGGCAAAGACAAUGACGAUGACCGAGGUAAGAGUUCACGCAACUUUUCAACAGGAUGAAACAGUAACAGGAUCAGCAGGUGGAGCAGUUCUUACUGAAUCCAAGAGCAAGCAGUUAGGCCUAGGAGGACAACUACAAGCUUUUCAAGAUGAAGAGCAACGAUCACAAGAUCUAUUUCCUACGGCUCAAAUGGCAGGCGCCGGAGGCGAAGGCGUGAAGAAAAAGAAACAAGGAGUUCUCUGCGUGGAGGACGUGGAGCACCGAAUUCGAGAAAUUCAAAUAUUAAGGCUCGAAAGACCCCGUCUCCACGUGAAUCCCGUUAAAGCACAGCGCUGGCAAUGACUGGAAGAGUCUCGGGCUGUACUGACACAAGGACUGGGCCGAGUAUUUUAACGGGAUGCAUUCACGGGAUGGGUGAUGGGUAGCUCUAAAAAUAGAAAGUAAUCUCGAAGAUGUAAGCAGGGGCAGUAGCAAGCAUCGAGAACUUCCCAGCACAAGCUCCAUGCUAGUAUCGGAAGCGGGCGUGACCAUGAGAGUGUCUCAUGGUAAGAAAGUUGCAUCAAUUGUGCAGUCACUCGAGGAAGCCUCAGCAUUGCAAUCAGUUGGCACCUCUGCGCUGCGCCGCGUGGAGAUCUCGGCUCUAUUUCCCGCUCUUUCCAGCACAACAUCCACAUCCACGUUUCAGAGCCUUCAUAGCUGCCCGGGUAUUUCUAUGACUAUCUCUAUGCUGGUGAUGUAUGUCUCAUAUUCAAUGAAGGUGAGCGUGCCUCCUGUACCUGCACGACCACUAGAUCUCAUCGAUUCUUACAAAGACAAAGAUCACUCAAAAAAAUUCAUCCAGGUUCAAUCGAUGAGAAAAGCUGUGUUAACGCAGCAGAGCAAGAGGGUUCCACCCUGCAGGAGGCUGGUGCCGCUGCUUCUACGGGCUUUGUCGCGAGCACGACUUCAACUCGAGCACCGGAAGACGAUGACAUGGGACCUCAGACUGGUGGUCCUGGUCCUCUGGUGAAGGCUCCAGGAGAUGAAAUGGUUUCUACUGUUGGAGAGGCCACAAUUAUGGUCAGCUUUUUUUCAUCUUCAUUCUCGGCAUCUUGGAGGUUCCCUUUUCCCUUGUAUCCUCGUGAAAUACAUCAAGGUAAAAGGGACCCCAAGAAAAGGGGGGCCGAGAUGCAAUCUAGGAGACUCUAACACAAGGUGCGUUCAUCUAGGCAACAACUCGGAGCUAGAAGCUGGCGCCACGAAACAAGUGGUGGAGCAAGGCGGAGAAGACGUUCGCAUGAAAGAGGACAUGAACAACACCAAUGCAACAAACAACGCUGCUGCUGGUCCACCGGCGACAGGACUUUUGACCGACAUUCCUCUAUUUGCUCCUCUCGUCUCUUCGUCUUCUAGUGUACAAAAUGGUACUAAAUUUUCCUCUGCGUCUGCUACUAGCGAGCAAACGGCCUCUCAGUCUGGUGAAGAUGGUCAGGCGGUUACUAAGCUCGCACCUGGUGCUUUCACAGCUGGUCAGCAGAAGAUGGACCUACAAAUCGCGGCUACGACCACCAGCGGAUUAGGACCAGGGACGUCUGGCUCUAGCGUUGUGGAUACCUUCAACAUUUUAAACAACAACUACAGUUUAUGAAGCGAAAAAGUGUACUCAUCUUCAGGAAAGUAGGCACCUUCUAAGUGGGAAAAAGCCUCUUUUCUUGAGUAUGAGUACACUUUUUCCUGUCAUACAGUUUCACUCAACAGCCCAUGGGCAUGCAGCUUGGAGGUGAUCAACAACAGUUUAACAAUAACAGUUCUUUUGGUCCUCUAUGUCUGCCAAACACUAUGGCUAAUGCUAUGGCGACCACAGCUGCAAAUUCAAAUAGUACAACAACCGCAUCAAUAUCAAAUAGUACAUCUACUUCAUGUUCAUCAAGUGGUACUUCAUCUACGAUAUCAACAAGAACGAUGCCUCCUACUUCUAGUACGACGUUUAAUAGUUUUGUCCCAUCGUCUACGAACACGAAUUGCCUCUUUCCUGGGAAUAAUAAUGUUUCCGUCACGCAAUACACUACCAACAACUACAACGUAAACGCCCCUGUACUUUCGGCGAUGCUCCCGCCGGGUUCUGGGAGUAAUAUGUUGCAGCAGUACAAUAACCUAACUAGUAAUAUGUUGCAGCAGCCAAAUCAUGGUGGAAUUCCUCAGCAUGGACAACAAAUGUCGCAGUCGUUUCAGCCACAAGGAGGACAAUCAUUUUCAUCACCAUGCUUCAACAUCCCCUUCGGAGGAGCUCACCAGCAACUUAAUCCUAGUACUUCGCAGAUGAACAAUUUUCUGCCGCCACCAAGUACUAGUUUUCAACAAAAUCAACAAAAUGUCAACCACAAUAGUAAUGAUAUGAGUAGCAACAACAUGAUGAGCUUUAACAACUUUAACAAUAACGGCAAUUGGAAUAGCACGACGACAGCAAUUCCCAACUUUGGUUCCGGCACAUCUCCUCCAAAAGGGCCUCCCUUUUCGUUUGGUGGAGGUGGCCAUAAUUUUCGUUCCCAGUUAGGAUGUCCCAGUGGAGCCGCAUCGCCUCCAAACAACUCUUCAAGUAAUGCUUGUACUAGUUCCAAUAUGAACUACAGUGGUGCAAAUAUGACCAGUGCAAGUACUAGCGGCGCAAUAAAUAUGAACUUGAACAACAGUGGCGCCGUAUUCCCAAUGGUUGCCGGGGUUGCGGGCCGCUUCGCAGGAGAAAAUACGAUGCAGAUGAACUCAACAUCCGCAUCCGGUAGUAGUUGUACUUCUAGCGCAGGUGGAACAGGUUUUAGAUCCAAUUCGGGGAAGCCUCCAAAUCCUAUGUUUAACAACAGAGCAAGUGGAGGACAGUUUGUACAACAACCAGUUGCGCCACCAAACCACAUGUUUCCAAAUUAUGUGCCAACCUUACCUCCUGGAAACAUUCCGUCGCAGCCGGCACCUCAGUUUUCCGCUAAUGUUCCGAGUAAUCCUCCACCUCGCGGGAAUUUUUCUCUUGGCAGUACGUUCAAUAGCCAGGCUGGGAUGCAAAAUUUGAACAACUAUAGCAACUACAACCAAGUAAAUCUAAAUUCUGCACAAGGAUCUGGAUCUUGGGGGGUGGGGUCAUUCAACAUGACAAGCCAGUAUAAUGGUCAAGAAAUGUUGAACUUGAACUACAAUCAACGACAAGGACCUCCAAUAUCUUCGGCAGAUGUUGGCAUCAGUUGUAGAGCAGGAAUGUAUAACAACUACAUGGAUCCUAGUAUGAACGUGCAGCAGUGCUCAACUCCAACAACAACAGCUGUACAAGCCAGUGUAGAGCAGCUACGAGAGGACGAUGGAGGUAUGAAAUCUGGGCAAGCCGGCAAUGUAAAUGCUAGUGGACCAGUAGAAAAAACAACAACCCAGCUACAGGGUGGUAGCGCCUCGGCAAUUAAAAAGAAAAAACGGAAUAGGGCCGCCGGGAAGCCGAUGGUUUCGCAAAAUGUAAAUGCGAUCGCCGGCGACGAUCAAGACGCAGCUGCAAAAAACACCAGUGCUGACGAUGGACCGGUAUUUGUCGAUCACUUCUACUGAAAGUUUGUUCCUUCUGCAAGAAUUGUUUUACGUACAACUACAAGCACAACUUCAAACUCAACGUCACAAUUAAAUGAUUAAAUUUUUCCACAUCACCCAUCUACUUCUCAUUCUCAUCCUCGUUAUCUAAUCGUGCAAGAACUAGAUGGAGGAUCACUUGAAACAUGAUGGUAGGUUCCGGAGCUUUCCGAAGAGGUUUUGUCGGUGUUGAAGGAAACGAGUAGUACGUAUGAAGACAACGCAGUAAUAGAGGCAGCGUGGCGAGUGGGAAAAGGGGAUAUUGGCCGAGCGCUGGAUCAUCUUCAAGAUUGGAGCAAAAAAGGCCUUGAGCCUCGAAGUAUUCUUGCUCGAACCGCAGUCACAGCCACCGGAACUGGAAGCAAUGUGGCCUCAUCGUAAGUCGAUUGUAGUGAGGCGAUGUCGAGUCGCUUCUUUGUGACAUGUAGUUUUACGACACAGGAGGUGGAUAACUUACAAUUUGUUAUAUCAUGUAGGUGCUGGAGGUAUCUAUAAUUAAUUAUAAAAAUUUUUGCGGUCUUCAUCUUCAAACUUUCAAACUUAGAGGAGGUCGACGAGCAAGUGAAAGGUAGUAUUGAUACUACAUGUGACGAUUCAUAAAUCAUGGUUGGGUUGUCGGUUGCGUCCUGUGACGAAUAACGUCAGCUCCUUCGUCCAAGACUAAUAAAGGUAGAAUCAGCUCCUUCGUCCUGUGACGAUUCCCAAAACAUGCUCAUGAACUUGUGCCAUUUAAUUUUCCCAUUGUUUAAUAUUAAUACAACUAAUGCUUAUGCUAGCUCUCCUCGUGCUAGCGCUAGGUGAUUGUGAUGUAAGUACGUAAACUCAAUAGAAAGGUACAAGGGGAUUGAACGGCCUCAAUCACGUUUGACUAACGUAUCACGAGGUACCAUGGCAUGACAUUGUGCUUCUCGCGUGUCUCUCGCACUUCUCGCUUGUUGGCGACAUCCAUCCCCACCUUUACCAUGAAGAUCUCCAAUAAAAUUAGUGACUCCUUUUGUUCAUAAUGUUGAAUUAAAAUUCAAAUUCAUCAUAUUCUCCAUUCUACUUCACACAGGAUCAUAAACUUUUUAAACGUCCUAUGUAUACGAUCAUUCAUAUUUUCUUUUAUACCACUUUGAGAAACCCCGAAAAAAUAGGAUCGUGAUCAUUGAUCACUCAUAUCUCGUGUCUAGAACGUGUACAAUUUUUUAAACAAUCGAUUACGAUACCGGAUACGGAUACAAUCAAGGCAGAAAAAAAUAAUGAGCAACAAAUGUUGUAAAAAAACUAAGACUUCACGACUCUACAUAGUAUGUACAAGAAGUCUAACAACAUGAUUUCGAAUAAACGACCGCGUUGUAUAAGAUGAACAUCGCCAUUUUGAAGCGAUGGCGGAACCAGUUUUGCUAUGGUAGGUUUAUAGGUAAUUUCUGAUUUUUUAGCAUAAGCAUAGACCAUAACCACUUCCUUCUUCCUCGAUUUUUAUUCCAAUUCGUUGUGUCUUUCUUUCAUUUGCCUCCUGCCUAUGCAGACGUAUUGGCAGUUGUAAUAAUAUCCAUGGACGAAGUACUAGAUUUUCAAUUUUAGGCUAUUGCCAAAUAAGGGAGAUAACCGCUCUUUGGCACGCUCAAAGCAUGGGAGUCACCGUGCUGACAACAGCAACGACCUUAAAACCGAUGCUGCUGAAAAACAGAAAGCACUACAUUUACAAUUAAUAUGAUCCUCAUUAUCCCCAUCUGAAAUCCAUUCAGACUACGAAGCGAGGUGAGCAGCAAGG